GUUUUUUCUUCAUUGUACGUCAGAUUUUCAACCUGGUGGUCACAAUACUGAUUUGGACAUUCUUGGUGAUCGAGUCCACCGUCGUAGGAUUGAGGAGCAAGUUGGUCCCGAUACUGGCGUCAGUGAUCCUCAUGCUGUGGAUCGCGUUCUACUUCAUCCAGCUGUCGUCAGUGGCGGUGUGCUGCGAUUGGUUCGCGGAGCAGGUGCGAGACACGAAGAGACUGGCGGUGCACGCGUUAGCAGUUUGCUAUGAAGACAAGGAUUCCAACAUACGCAAAGCAGCGUGGGAGCUUCUACAACUUAUAGAGUUUGAGAAGCCGGUGUUUUCCGUGUAUGGCAUCUUCACUUUGAACACCAGGUUGCCCAUUCAAGUCAUCAGCGUCAUCACCACUAAUGUACUGGUUCUAAUUCAAUAUACUUCUAAUGCUCUAAAUACUAACUAGCCGUACACUUUACUGUACAGUCAACCAAUUGGAACCCUAGGCCACUCUACAACCAUGUCAAAAUGAGAAGCAGUAAGAGAUUUCUUACAAUCUUAUUCAUAACGUCACUAUGACACAGUUCUACAGUGGCAUAGGGUUCCAAUUGGUUGACCGUACAUGUACAACUCUACUAUUAAUGUAUCUUUAUUAUAUGCUUACUUUUGUUUAAGGUACAGCGGGGCAAAUCUCGACUGGGGGGCAAAUGUAACUGGUCCAUUUUUCCAUGUUUUACAAUGUUUGCAUUAUUAAAUAGAGUGUCCACCGGUUAUUUAUGGUAGGCGUGUUCAGUGGAUACAUUAUAACUCAACAUCAUAGCGUAAUAAUGGAAAAAAUGGAGCAGUUACAAUUGCCCCCCAGUUGUGAUUUGGACUUUGGACCUUAUACUCCUAAGGUCCAGCAAUAUAAAUGAAAAAUCAAAAUUUGCUACUGAAAUUUUAAACUAUAGUGCAGAGUUCUUAUAAUUUUAUUUGUUUAUUUAUUUAAACUUUAUUGCACAAAAUAUUUACAUAAAUGUACAAAUGGCUGACUUAAUGCCAAAAGGCAUUCUCUACAAACAAACAGUCAAACAUUUUGUUUGUAAACUGAAUGAAAUAAAACAAAACAAAUCUAACUCAUUCCCAAAUUAAUAAGAUUUGAAUUCAGUAGAAUUGAAUAAGUGCUACAGGUAGGACAUCGGACCUUAGGAGAAUAUAAUAGUAUUUUGUUCAAACAGCUACAUAGUAAAUAAGGAUUCUUAUCGUAAAUGGCGUUUCUAUGUUUGAUGUACUGUUCAGAAUAUUAAAUUAAAGGCA